AUGGCUCCUUUGGAAGCAAGCAUCCAUUGCCAGGGCCAUGGUAGCCCAGCCUGGUGGGGCCAGAAGCCCUUCCACAUCAUCUCAGCCAUCCCGGAGAGCCUGCCCCUCUCCAAGGCAGCGGGCACCAAGGUCUUCAUGAAGCUGGAGAACGUCCAGCCCACGGGCUCCUUCAAGAUCCGGGGCAUCGGGCACCUCUGCCAGGAGGCUGCCAAGAAGGGCUCGACUCCUCCCACAGCCUUCUCCAGCACACAGCGUCCAUGCAGGGAUGGGGAAACUGAGACACGCGGGGCAGACGAGCCUGGGGCUCACAUUGCAGGCAGGGCUGGAGCCAGGGUCCUUCCUCUGCUGGCGUCCACACAUCCCGCUCUUCCGCUGGGACAUGCCAGGUAUCCUCCCCUACACGCCCCAACCCUCCAUCCUCCUCCUGUCCCUCCCCUGCUCCUCCCCGAGCUGUUUGGGCUGGAACUCCCCACCUCGAUUAGCAAGCGCUCCCUCUCUGCCUAAUUGCUUUGCUACUGUCUUUCUGCAUUAUUAUUCUAAUGAUUAUUAAUUAUUACACUCCUCUGCCGUUCCUGCCGUGCUGGCUGCGGUCAGACAAGAACAAGGAGCGCGGCCGCGCUUGUUACGGUGAUUUAUGGGCGGAGAUCCCCGGCCGGGUUUAACAGCGCUGGUGCCUUCCCGGGACU